AUGGACACGAGCCAAUACGGUACUAAUAUCUUCUUGAUUAAAGGUAUCUCGUCAAUCGCUUAUCAACUGUACGAACCGGCACCCGACCAGGCGCAAGCAUUCGCUUCGAUUGCACCAACCAUUGAGAAAUCGCUUCGAGAUGCUGGCCGUGUAGCACAUUUUGACAGCAGUCGCCGCGCCCUAUGGCACUUUCAUAUCCCACGGCACGAUGCGACGCAGCCGGCAGCUCACACCGAGGAGGGGGGUGCCCUGGACCAUUUAUUAGACGUAGCUGAUUUCAACCUGGCGCUCACUGAUGAAGGAUCCUUCGAACCCGGUCAUCUCUUCAAGAGCCGACCUUUCGGGCAAGGGCAAGCCGCUGCCAAUACACCGACCCAUCCUGCUUUCAAUGGUUCCGUACCCGAUGCAACGCUCAGAAAUGCCUCUUCGUUCGACAAGAACAAUACGGCCACGCCUAGCUCUUCUGAUCCGGAGGGAAAGUCAACGCCAAUAUCAUCAUCAGAUGGCAAGAUAUCCAUCACUGUCAAGAUCGCGUACGAGCAGUUCAUUAGCGCCAUGAUUUCCACUGUAUCGUCGCCAAUCUGUAGGCGCUUAGCCGCGAUCCCGCUGAACCACUGUACAAUUUUGUUGAACUCCAAAAUCAUUCGACAGGGAGAGUCUGAGAAUGCCUCAGGAACCGAGACGGCUGUCCUUGGAACCUUUCGGAUCUAUCUGACGACCACCGGCACCCUGGUCAUAAGCUUUUCGCUGGUCUUGAGUGAAGGUCUGAUAUCUAUGCACGAAGUUCCUGGUACAGGCCAGGCGGCUCUGUCGAGUCAGGUCUUGGCGGCGCCCUUUGGAGUUCUCGGGAGCUACAUGGGACUUGCGAAUGGUGCCCUGCCUUAUGCUGACACUAUUGGGCAAACACCAGACACACGUUUAUGGCGACCCAGGCCCGAACCGGACGCAAAGUCAUCACAAUGGAGGGAGAUAUGCACCAGCAUGCUGAAAGGCUGGGGCUUAUCCGGGCAUACUUUGCAAAAUUGUACGUGGGUCGCACUCCAACUCUCUCCUCGGAAGCCUGUAGACCUUCGAGCUGAAGGCAGAGGAACGCCGGUGCGGAACUUGUCGCCGCCUAUGAUCUUUUCAUGGCCUUCGAUUCUCUGUUUUAGAAAGAGAUCUGUGGAUCCACAGGCCAACCAGAGCGAAAGGACUGAUAUAGCGCUGGCAUCGAAGGAGGCGGCCGACUCUCUGACGGAAGCUAAGACCUGGUUUCAGUCCGGAACUGAGAGGGAGGAAAGCAUUGUCCAACGACGCAAAGCAAGAGAGGCGGCCGCUUCUGCGAAGGAGGUCCAAGCCCAAGCUCCAGCUGCUCCUCAGCCAACUGAUCAGUUUCCGAUGGACCCUAGACGUGCAGCCAAUGCUGCUGCUGCCAGCGCCAUGUAUCCUACGCCGCCGGACGCUGUUCAGAAUCCACUUGGCAUCUUCACCGCACCGACGGCGGAUGCCGUAACCUCGAGCCCUGGGCCGCCUUCGUCGGUCGCUGCGCCUGUAGAUGGCGAUGCACCCAUGGUCAACGCGGUAGCAAUGGCAGAUACCGAAGGCGAUAGCUGGGAGCAAACCGACACUAAGAGAGAUCGAGGUGAUUCGACUUUCGAGGGGGAUGACAAUCUUUUUGGAGACAUGGGCCCGGACAUGUUUGGCGACACAGACAUUACGGACGCAGACUUCAGUUUCUUCGAUGAGGAUGAUGACAAUAAUCCUCUGGACCUCAAUAUGUCUGCGCCUGACACGACGAUGACGAGCCUCCCGGCGACAACGCCUGAGCCAGUUUCGUUGCAAGCAGAUAUCUUACCACCCUCUAUUGACGACCCUCCUGAGGAGACGAAACUGAAAACGGAAGCGCCUAUUUUUACCAAGCCGGAACUCCGACAUGCGCGUAGCACGCUGAACGACGAGACAAGAGGACGCCCGACUAGUGACAAUUCAAAGGCUCUUAGCAACAAGCGAGAGCCUAGCCCCUUUGACCCAGCCACCGUAUUCAAAAAGGUUCGGGCCUCUCUUGGCCGUCUCAACAAUCAAUCCCUUGGCACCUCUUCUACAGUAACAGCACGCAAAGGCAGCGUUUUUGACAGCAUCGAGUUUGAUCCUGUACUUCCUUUAGCAAGCAAGAAGUACGAGCAAGGAGGUCGCUUCGCCUGCCGAUGGACACCUACACAGUCAGACACGAGCCUCAAUCUCAAGAAGCCUCCAACUACAGAUUACCUCCGCAGACAUAGCAAGUCGCAUCGCAAACCUUUUCGAACGGACAACACCAAUGCGCGCAUCCGCAGCAUCACUGAUGGUUUGGAAAACAGCAGUCUGCAAGCGAGCCCGGAUAGAAUCGAGGAAUUGUCCUCGGACGCCGAUGACAUGAGCCUCGAGUCCGACGUUGACGAAUCGCCCGAAUUGAUGGAGGAACCAACCUCGCCCUUCAAGGCAAGCACCAAAAGACUGAAUCUUGAGGACGAUAUGGUGUCGCAUGUGACGUCGUUGAGAGAUGUCGAAUCCGUAGUGGAGGAUACGGAUCCAUCCUUGGCGCUGGAGUUGCCCAGGAUUGCCAGAUUCGAGGUUCCUGAAGUCGCUGUUGCGAAAUACUUUGACGAUCCAGAGCCUCUUUUGAGCCAGCUAUCACUUCAAGACGACGACAUCAUUACUGUUGCUCAGAUCCUCACCGAGCAGGCGAUUUCUGGCAAUCUCUGUUUGCGUGAUGCACAGUCGGCGACCUUUAAUUCCCCUGUCGGUCCAGAAACCCGCCGCCAACUAGCAUCUCUUUCCAGAACAUUAUCUCUGGUACUGCAGCAAGCUAUACCUGCUGCUAUGGGAGAUUCAACUCAAUGCCAAUUCCGAGAGUUGAUCGAAGCGUCCGAUGUCCCCCUCCUUGGACCUCCCAGUAGAGCUCAGCCUCGACCAGUGCCUCCUCGAGAUCCGAACGCUGAACCUCCAAAGCCCAACUAUCUGUUCCAAAUCCCUCCACCUCAUCUAGAGAUCAAGCGCCUGGACUCGAAGCUGUCUGUUCUGCCAUCGACCAUCUCAUUCUGGGAGACACUUGGUCUGGGUCCGUCUCAAGGGGCAAAGAAUAUUACUGCCGCCUGCGUGUUUCCAAAUUUAAACGGUCUCUCUGACUUCGCCACGACAUUUCUGGGGCGCAUUAGAAACACGUAUGAAUUCCUGAAGCUCGGAGGAUUCGACAUUGUCAACGGCGAGAGUGGUCAUACCACAGGCGGGCUCGUGCCGUGGGAGGAAGAACGUUUGACUGGCACACCAACGGUCGAUGGAGCAAUGCACGGCUCAAGCUUGUCUGACCGCAUGGAUAGCCUGAACCAGAGUCUGCUUUCCCUUGAGGCUCGUGAGAAGAACUUUGUUGUCUUCAUCGUCUACAUACCAAGUCAUCCGGAGUCGAUCGUCGAAGCUUGCACGGCUUUCCAGCAGCUCUUCGAACUGCAUAAGAAAGCCCUUGCCGACAAGAGGCUUGCUCCAUCAAACGAGUUGGUGUUGCAACUUCUACCAGUGGAUUUCUUGACAGCAGUUUCUGGAAUGCCAACGGCUUUGCCUAUUGACCUCAUCAAGCUAGCGCUGGAGACAUACGACCGAUGCACCAUAUUUGGGGGGCCCAUGCCUGCGCCUGCUAUCCUCCUCGAGCAUACCCUGCCGCGGAAUAUCGAUUUCAGGCUCAAUAACACAGGGUCAUCCUCGCUUAUGCACGAAAAUACCUGCAUCCACAUAGCAUAUGCACAAAGCGUUGACGAAAGGUGGAUCACGGCAGCUUGGACGGACAACCGUGGGAGUCAGCAAAUGACGGCGUCAUACAAUCUCGGUCGAAAGGGCAAGUCAUUGUCAAGUUCAUUGAACGAAGUCACACAUGAAAUUUGGGAGACGACUCAUGACCUUAUCUCUCGAUGGAAGGUGCACUGGCGUAUCAUUAUAACCAAAUGCGGGAGCAUGGACCAGAGUGAGAUUGACUUCUGGGUAGGCUUGGCUCAGACGGAGCAGCAGGCAUCGGUCAGCUUGACGCUCAUCACGGUCGACACGAGCCCCUCGUUGCAGCUCGUCCCUCCAGCGGUCAAGGUCCCGCCUACAGCUUCGACGUCAUUCUAUACCACACCUGUUUCCACCCCUCAGCCAUCAACUGUUUCCCCGGACCAGAUCGGCACCCCCUCGACACCCAUGAAAGACGGCAGCCAGGCGAAUGCUAGCACGCCGACAGGUACGCCAGGAGGGGCGGAUGUGACAGAACCCGCCGAGGGUGACGCGAUUCUCGUCGAUGUAACCGACCAGACUUGGGGCGCCGUAUUAUCCCACAGACUGGGUAAUUCAACCGCGCCCGGAGAGCUAAGCACCUCUCUCAUAAGUGGCUAUCUUGUCAAGCGGGGUGGAACCAAGGUUGAGGACCCCCCAGUCAUCAUGGAGGUCAACAUUGUACACACAGAUGGGAACCCUCGAGCUCUUGAAGCCCUGCUCAGGGAGAUGCUCAACUAUUUCCGUGGCCUUGGGACCUUGGCGCGGGCCAGGGGCAUGGUGGAUAGCGAGACAGACGUGAGACCGUGGCAUAUCGCGGCGGCAGAAAAAGGCGUCCGGGCGCUGUAUUUACUGAUGUGA